UCCUGGGGUAUCCCUCAUUCCCUGCGCCUAAUCCCAAUGUUGCCAAUGUUGAUUCGAAUCUUCAUCUAGGGUUCUGCACGCUACGCUUCGUGCCUGUCUAGCCCUGUCAGGACUACACUGUAGUCUGCACCCGCAAUGCGUCGUCGCGAGUCGACAGUGGUGUAUCCCUACAGGUACCCUUCCCGUCAAGUAUAAGCACCAUCAUCCGCAGCAUCCUCCUUGCCGUUGGUCACUCUGUUUCACUCUCAUUUUUUGGGCAUUUGCCUACCAGUCACUCGUUUGUUGUUUAUCGCCUGCAGCAAUCAUGCGCAUCCACGGGCUUUUCGAUCUCGCUCUCUUGGUAUCGGCGUUGGCAGUUCCAGCACAACAGCAUGAGUUCGGCCACAAACAUGAGCACCUUCACCAGCCCAAACAAAAGCGACAAGCCAUUACCGAUCCUAAUCAGCAAGGCAUAUACGACUACAUCGUUGUCGGCUCUGGACCAGGAGGUGGACCGCUUGCAUGUCGCCUUGCACGUGCUGGGUUCAAUACAUUACUGAUCGAGGCUGGCACCGAUACCAAAGGAUACUUGGACACCCAGAUUGCUUCGUUCCACCCCCGAGCGUCUGAGUUGCCGAGACAAGUAUGGCAAUACUUCGUGAACCGUUAUGCCGAUCCAGCUGAACAACUGCGCGAUCCCAAGAUGGUCUACAAAAUUCCUGAUCUUCCAGAGUACGGCGGAGCAGAGUUCACAGGCAACCCACCACCACAGGCUGGCGGAUGGACGUACCUUCUGCCAAACGGCAGAUACUACGUCGGUCAGACGCCACCUGCUGAUGCCGAGCGCUUGGGUCUUCUCUACGCUCGAGGUUCUGCAUUGGGUGGUAGCACGCAAAUGUCUGCAAUGGCAAUGGUCACGCCACAUGAUGAGGAUUGGGAGCACAUUGGCGCUGUCACAGGGAAUGUCUCAGGCUGGGAUCCGGAACUGAUGCGGAGCUACUUUGUCAAGUUGGAGAGGAAUCGAUACAUCCUCAACAGCGGAGUUGGCCACGGUUUCAAUGGGUGGUUGGACAUUUCCGUUACGCCGCUGACGCUUGUGGCUCAAGAUCUCAAGUUGGCCAGUCUUGCGAUUGCUUGUGCCACGGCCAUGGGAAAGACUGCUGGCAUCGUAGGAGAAUUGCUCUCCACAGUGACUGGCCUUGCGCACGUUUUUGCCACAGAUCUCAAUGCUCCAGGUAAAACAAGAGACGAGGACACUGAUGUCUGGCAAGUCCCCAACGCCGUGAAUCCGGAUCCAGGCACGCGAAGUGGCGUGGUCGACUUCAUCCACGAGACCGUGCAGCGCGGAUACCCACUUACCGUGCAACUUAACACGGUCGCAACCAAGAUUCUGUUCGACAACGACGGCUAUGCGCCACGAGCGUACGGAGUCGCAUACGAGUACGGCGAAAACCUGCACUACACCUCGCCAUUGUCGACCGGGACACGCGGUACUCCUGGCUAUGUGUUCGCUCGAAAAGAAGUCAUCGUGGCAUGUGGCGCAUUCGAGACUCCGAAAUUGCUCAAACUUAGUGGUAUUGGACCUGCAGCAGAGUUGUCUCAAUGGGGCAUUCCAGUAGUUCGAGAUCUGCCGGGCGUUGGUGUGAACAUGCAAGACCGAUAUGAGGUCGGCUCUGUUGGACGUGCGACGACGCCAUUUGCGGCCUUCAAACCUUGCACGUACACGUACAGUCUGCCAGAUCCGUGCUUGGAGAAGUUCGAGUCGAAUACUCUACAAAUUGACCGCGGUCCAUACACGAGUAACGGAUUGGCACUCGGAAUCACCAUGAGCACAUCUGUGAACGACGGUCCUACGCCAGAUCUCUUCAUCGUGGCAGUGCCUGCGUACUUUGCCGGCUACUACCCAGGCUAUGCUCGAGCUUCCGUCCUCGACGCCGAGCAUUGGACAUUUGUAGUAUUGAAGAUGAAGAGUCGAAACAACGCCGGCACGGUGACCUUGCGAUCUCUCGACCCAUUCGAUCAACCCGAGAUCAACUUCAACAACUUCGCCAUUGGUGGUGACUUGGACGCACAAGCCGUUGCGGAAGGUAUCCAGCGAGCAAGGGACAUCUACAAGGCAGUCAUUCCUCUCGAUGGAAGCCUCGACGAAGUAUUCCCUGGCCCACAAUAUCCUGCUGGACCAGCUCUCAAUCAACUCGUCAAAGACUACGCGUGGGGACACCACGUAUGCUGUACCGCAAAGAUUGGCAGCUACGACGACCCCUACGCAGUCAUUGACGAUGCCUUCCGCGUUAUGGGCGUCGAUGGCCUGCGAGUAGUGGAUGCUUCGGCCUUCCCCAAGAUUCCUGGCUACUAUCCCACGAUUCCACUCUACAUGCUCAGUGAAAAGGCUGCGGAUGUGGUUCUCGGCCAACCACCUCAGAACAUCGGUUUGGAUGAAUUCAACAACUUCGACGCAGGUGGACUGCUUGGCACUCUGGGAGGAUCCAUCCUGGGCUCUGCAGCUGGUUUGGGAAAUCCAGAUGUCGGCCCGCAAGGAAUUGUGGGAACUUUGGGCGGACUCUUGGGACCUUUGGCGCCUGGUAACACUCCCGCAAAGCUCAAGCGUUGAAUCGGUGAAGGAAGAGGUCACAUAAUAUCACAUAAUCUCGUAGGGGAUAUCAUAAGUGAGUAGUCAGCGCAGAGGCAGGCUUGAAAGGGCGGAUACUUAUUGUUUCUUUGCUGGUCCCCAGAGAGGCUAGCCGGUAUAUUUACACGUAUACGCACAAUUAUACCCUUUUCCUAGC